AUGGCUUCCCCCAAUCUAAUCUUCCUAGCUUUCCUUAUAACUCUAUCCUCCAUAAAACCCACAAACUCCGUCGAGUUCUCCGUCACCAACGCCGCCGGAAACACCGCCGGCGGCACUCGUUUCGACCUCGAAAUCGGAAAUUCCAACGCAGAGAACACUCUAAAAAUUGCCACCGAUUUCAUAUUGAAAACAUUCCAACAGCAAGACGACGCCGACGCCGACAUAAAGACCGUCCACAAAAUCCGCCUCGUCAUCGACGCCGAAUACGACAUCGUUUCCUACACUUCCGGCACCGACAUAUUCAUCGCCGCAAACUACAUCGCUGAAUAUCCCGGCGACCUGAGGAACGAAUUCGCAGGAAUUUUAUACCAGGAGCUGACUAAAGUUUGGCAGUGGACUGGAAACGGUGAAGCGCCGGCCGGGCUAAUCGAAGGGGUGGCGGAAUUCGUGAGGCUGAAAUCCGGGUUUGUCCCAGGAGAGUGGGCGGCGGCGGGAGAUGGUGAGAGGUGGGAUGAUGGCGGCGGAGGGGUGACGGCGAGGUUUCUGGAGUAUUUGGAGGGGUUGGGGAGUGGGUUCGUGGCGGAGCUUAACCGGAAAAUGAGAAAUGGUUACAGCGAAGAUUACUUUGUGGAGCUGAUGGCCGCGACGGCCGACGAGCUUUGGGCGGAGUACAAGGCGGAGUACGGCAAAAUAAUUAAAUAUUAA